AUGCGCUCUCCACCCUCUAGUAACGGCGAUAACUCGCGCCCAGCAAAGAGGAGGAAGAUGGCAGAGCCCGAGGGGCGCAUCUCGGUUUCUGCUAGGAUUCCCAAUUUUCAAUCUGCUACGGGCCUGUUUAACAAACUCAAGAAGCAGCACAAGCUUAAGUUCUUAGGCAAAGACCUCUUCGACGCAUCUGUGUAUUAG